GUCGACGUAGGUUAAGGAUCACAAGGCGUAUUGGGGAAGUGGUGGAGGUGCUAACUGGCGGCCUUUAAUUGGCCUGUGCGCCCCUGCUAGCGCGAUCUGGUGAGCUCAUGAAUGGGAGAUCUGAGGCGGCCGCGCAGUCGGAUGCAGCUCGUCCUACCACAAAAAGCUGUCCGACAAAGCAACCACGCCAUACAUUCCCAUCCACUGUUCAACCAUGGCGUCUUCAUCCGUCUGCAACUCCUGUCUCCGCACCCUACGGCAGCAACUACGACAGCAACUCCACCAUCAGCAAACAUUGCGCCCAGUUCAGCAACAUAGUGCCAUCCGAACCGUUUCCUCAGCCACCCGACUUCGCGCGGAUGAGAAGAAAGCGACUCGCAAUGCUAAGCCAUCAGGCUCAUCUCAACCACCACCAACCCUCCCUCUUCCCAAGAACCUAGCCUCGACCCUCCGCAACUCCCCCGUCCUCCGCGGGACGACGGAACCCUACAUCGCCUACGGCAGCACCGAAGAUCUCUUCCGCGCCUGCGCCGCGCAAUGCAGCUAUACCGUGCCCUCCGUCAUGCAGAAACCGGCGCAACCUCCUCCCAAGAACGCCGCGGGAGAAGACGUGGGAGAAGGCGAAGGCUGGUGGCUCACACCUCGUGCGCAAGGCGGUCUGGAGUUAGAUGUGACGUUCAACUCCUGGGCGCAGGUCAUGAUGUUGCAUAUGUAUAUGCUUACGGUCCGGUUACGGUGCUUUCCGCGCGAGCAUGCAGGGAUAUGGCAUCAGAGUCUGCUCGAUCACUUCUUCUAUGCGGCGGAGGACCGGAUGGCGGUGUGGCACGGUAUGGCGGCGAGAGGAAUACGCAAUCGCUAUCUCAAGGAUCUGUGGCUGCAGUGGAGAGGGUUGCUGUUGAGUUACGAUGAAGGCUUGAUUAAGGGCGAUGCGGUUCUGGCUACGGCAGUUUGGAGGAACCUGUUCAAGGCGAGCGAUGACGUGGACGUACGCGAUGUCGCGCUGGUGACGGCGUAUGUGAGACGAGAACUGGCGCGGCUCGGAGAGCUGGAUGACGAGGUGCUGUCGGAAGGGCGUGUUAAGUUUGGCAGUCCGGAGUCGGUGCGGAGUUUGUUGGAUAAGCAGAGUACGUGGAUGCACAAAAGCUUUACGGCUGAGGAUGCGAAGGGGCUAGAGGACGCGCGCUCUUAGGGGCGUGAAAAGUUGUAAGGUAAUAGGUGUACAGUAACGCUGUAAGAUAAAUCAACGCCAUUUCCCAGGGU